AAGAAUCCUCAGAUGUCUGCCUCAGCUGAGGAUUAGGGGAGAUUAGAGGAAACACGAAGUCUAUCCGGAAGCCUUCCCUCAGACAUUGUCGGUGAAAACCAUUCACUAGGCAAGGAGAAACACAAUGGCCACCGUGAUGGAGCUGAGCCUCACCAGAGGGGAGAGUAAGUACUCUCAAGAAAUGCAAGUGGACAAGAAGCUCCCUGGGAAAGUUCUAGGCUUAUGUUCCACUCGCUAUGGGUUAGCCCUCAUUGUACAUUUCUGCAACUUGUCACUGAUAGCACAGAAUGUUAUCAUAUACAUCACCAUGGUAGCCAUGGUCAACAGCACAGACCAUCAAUCCCUGAUUAACAGCUCCACCGAGUGGCUGCCUGUUGAUUCACUUGGUGGCCGAAAUAAUUCCCCAAAGAGUCUUCAUGCAGGGGUUCCUUCGUAUGACUGGAGCCCCAAAAUUCAAGGCAUCAUCUUCAGCUCUGUCAGCUAUGGCAUGGUACUGACACUGGCUCUCAGUGGAUACCUGGCUGGAAGAGUAGGAACAAAGCGAGUGUUUGGUUAUGCUUUGCUUUCAUCUUCGGUUCUUGCUCUUCUCACCCCUUUGGCUGCUGAAUUUGGAACAGCUUCUAUCAUUGUAACUCGAAUAGUCCAUGGUCUAAGCCAGGGCAUAGGAUUUGGGGGUCAGUUUGCACUUUGGGAAAAAUGGGGUCCUCCACAUGAACGAAGCAGACUCUGCAGCAUUGCUUUAUCAGGAAUGAUUCUGGGAAGCGUCGCUGCCAUCCUCCUGGGUGGCUACAUUAGUCAAGCCCUUGGGUGGCCUUUUACCUUCUAUAUCUUUGGAGGCAUUGGCUUUGUCUUUUGCUUCCUCUGGUUUGUUCUGGUUUAUGAUGACCCCAUCUCUCACCCAUGGAUAAGCACUUCAGAAAAAGAAUACAUCAUAUCCUUCUUGGACCAGCAGGUACACGUCAGCUCUUCUAAGCAGUCUCUUCCCAUCAAGGCUAUAUUCAAAUCCCUACCCUGUUGGUCCCUCUGUUUUUGCUGUUUCAGCCAUCAUUGGUUACUUAAUAUACUGAUUGUAUACACACCAACUUACAUCAGUUCUGUGUACAAUGUUAACAUCAGAGAUAAUGGAGUCUUAGCAGCCUUCCCUUUAAUUGGUGCCUGGAUCAGUGCUAUCCUAGGAGGCUAUCUGGCAGAUUUCCUUCUGACCAAGAAUUUUAGGCUCAUCACUGUGAGGAAAAUUGCCACAGUUUUAGGAAAUCUUCCCGCUUCAGCACUCAUUGUGGCCCUGCCCUAUAUUAAUUCCAACUAUAUCAUAACAAUUACCUUUCUGACAAUCUCGUGUGGACUAAGCCAAUUGUGCCAAGCAGGGAUCUACGUCAAUGCCUUAGAUAUUGCUCCAAGGUAUUCCAGUUUCCUCACAGGAGUCUCAAAAGGAUUUUCACAAACAGCAGCUAUCUUGGUCCCCAUUAUCACUGGAUUUCUUCUCAGUCAGGACUCUGAGCUUGGAUGGAAAAAUACCUUCUUCCUGAUGUUUGCCGUUAACCUAUUAGGACUGAUCUUCUACAUCAUAUUUGGAGAAGCAGAUAUCCAAGACUGGGCUAAAGAAAGGAAACUCACUCGUUUAUGAGGAUAAAGAAUAAUGAUUUCAUCUAUGGUUAUAACUGUAGAAGCACAAUUUGAAGUUUUUAAUUUCUUGUCAUUUUCCUUUUUUAGUUAUUCUACUGUACAUGGAAAACUUUAUUUCAUAAAUGAGAAAACUCCAGUGAUGAAAAUUCCAACGAAAAGAAUUGUGUUCGCUAUAGCUCUUUUGAAAUAUGAGAUAAGUUUUUUCUUUUAUUCAGACUUCUUUUGAGUCUGAAUAAAAGACUGAAUAAAAUUUUGGAUGAAUAAAAUUUUAAAUAAAUAAUAAACCAGAAUAAA